UGGCUAGCUUCACACAGGUGUCGGUCUUGGUGCCUGACCCAUCAGGAAGUGUGUUGUUGUGAAGAGUGUCGCUGCCAAGAUGUCUGACAACGAAGAACAAGAACAGACUAUCGCUGAGGACUUGGUUGUCACCAAGUAUAAAAUGGGAGGUGACAUCGCCAACCAGGCCCUGCGUGUGGUGAUUGAGGCGGCCAAGUCAGGGGUGUCUGUGCUCAGUCUGUGUGACAAGGGAGAUGCCCACAUCAUGGCAGAGACUGGCAAGGUCUUCAGGAAGGAGAAAGACUUGAAAAAAGGAAUUGCCUUCCCCACCAGCGUCUCAGUCAAUAACUGUGUUUGCCACUUCUCUCCCCUGAAGAGUGACCCUGACUACACACUUAAAGAUGGGGACCUGGUCAAAAUUGAUCUUGGAGUCCAUGUUGACGGCUUCAUCUCGAAUGUGGCUCAUAGCUUUGUUGUGGGAGCUACCAAGGAGGCUCCAGUGACGGGGAAGAAAGCUGAUGUGAUAAAGGCAGCUCACCUGUGUGCGGAGGCAGCCCUACGCCUUGUCAAGCCUGGCAACCAGAACUCAAAGGUGACAGAGGCUUGGAACAAGAUCGCUCAGUCAUUCAAAUGCACAGCCAUCGAGGGUAUGUUAUCUCAUCAGCUGAAGCAACACGUCAUCGAUGGAGAGAAGACCAUCAUUCAGAACCCCACAGACCAGCAAAGGAAGGACCACGAGAAGGUAGAGUUUGAGGUGCACGAGGUCUACGCUGUUGAUGUGCUGAUCAGCACUGGUGAAGGGAAGGCCAGGGAUGGAGGCCAGAGGACCACCAUUUACAAGAGGGACCCCAGUAAGCAGUACGGGCUGAAGAUGAAGACCUCCCGCAUGUUCUUCAGCGAGGUGGAGCGACGCUUCGACGCCAUGCCCUUCACACUCAGGGCGUUUGAGGAUGAGGCCAAAGCCCGCCUGGGCGUGGUGGAGUGUGCCAAACACGAGCUGCUACAGCCUUUCAGUGUGCUCAAUGAGAAGGAGGGAGAGUUUGUUGCCCAGUUUAAGUUCACAGUGCUGCUGAUGGCCAACGGCCCCCAUAAAAUCACCAGCGGACCCUUUGAGACAGAACUCUACAAGUCAGAGCACGAGGUGCAGGACGCAGAGCUGAGGACUCUACUACAGAGCUCAGCCAGUCGCAAAACACAAAAGAAGAAGAAAAAGAAGGCCUCCAAGACUGUGGAAACCGCUACUGGACAGCCAACCAAGGAGAGCAACAAGGCGCCAGAGUAGAUGCCUACCCGUCUUCAGACACACUGACACAUACAUACAUACACACACCAAAUAACAGAAACUUAGAAAUGGAAUCUAAAUCUUCCCCAACUGUUAGCUCUUUUUGACCCUCAUGCCCUUUUCUAGUAUGUGGCCCAUUGACUACAUCUGAUAGAUUUGGAGUUGAGCCUGUUGGAAUGCUCUCAAAUCUGUUGAAAAUACAAUUUUCAGUUGAAUCUGUAGACUGAAUAAGGGUCACAACAUUACAUGCAUAUGGAGUUUAUUUUCCAUUGAUACUUAACUGGAGUAUGAGAUUGGGGAAACACAUUUUUGGAAUAUGAUGGAUCAAAAACCUUUUGUAGCCUUUGGUUUUUACACCUUAUCGUUAGGUGAUGUACCUGACUUCAGAAAUGUUGCAAUCUAUAGGUGAAGUGUUUAAACUUUUUAAAUAAAAAAUGUCAAAAGAAA